ACGUCUUGACAAAGCUCCACCCUCUCUGACUCAACACAGACAAACAGGAAACAGGAUAUCACUCUUUGUUUUGGAGAGGAGAGACACAAUGAGAGGCAGACAGUAAUAUUAGUCUUAACAUCAAAGCUAUUACAUCCACAGAGAGACGACAGCUGAAGGAGGGAAGACUGGGAACACUGGAAUUACUGGAAUACUGAAUACUUGCACUUCAACCUGCUGCUGAUUCCACAUAAUGAACUCGGUGAGGCACGACUCAAAGUGAAAGUAACUUUUUAGUCUGACUGACUCUCCCUUCUGCUGGCUGUGUUUUCAGCUUCACUGAGAGACAAAAUGUCUUCCAUAUCGAAGAAGGAUCUCAGCUGUCCUGUCUGCUUUGAAAUCUUCAAAAAUCCUGUUGUCCUGUCAUGUAGCCACAGCUUCUGUAAAGACUGUCUGCAGACAUGGUGGAGAGGGAAACAAAUACGCGAGUGUCCAGUUUGUAAGAGGAGCUCAUCAAAGAGGGAUCCACCUCGUAACCUGGUUUUAAAGAACCUGUGUGAGGCCUUCUUACUGGAGAGAGAUCAGAGAGGUUCAGCAGAGACUCUCUGCAGUCUGCACUCUGAGGAACUCAGACUCUUCUGUCUGGACCAUCAGCAGCCGGUGUGUGUCGUCUGCAGAGAUUCAAGGAUACAUACUGACCACCGAUUCAAACCCAUCGAUGAAGCUGCUCAGGAUCACAAACAGGAGCUCCACAAAUUCCUGAAGUCCUUACAGGAGAAACUGGAGCUCUUUAAACAAGUUAAAGGAAACUGUGAUCAAACAGCAGAACACAUGAAGGUCCAGGCCCGACGCACAGAGAGUCAGAUUAAGAAGCAGUUUAAGAAGCUACACCAGUUUCUAGAAAAGGAAGAGGAGGCCAAGAUCUCUGCUCUGAGGGAGGAAGAGGAGCAGAAGAGUCAGAUGAUGAAGGAGAAGGUGGAGGCUCUGAGCAGAGAGAUAGCAGCUCUUUCAGACACAAUCAGAGUCACAGAGGAGGACCUGAGAGCUGAAGACGUCUCAUUCCUGCACAACUACAAGGCUGCAGUGGAAAGAGUCCAGCAGCGCCCCCUGCUGGAGGAUCCACAGCUGCCCUCAGGAGCUCUGAUAGACGUAGCCAAACACCUGGGCAACCUGACCUUCAACAUCUGGAACAAGAUGAAGAACAUGGUCUCCUACACUCCUCUGAUUCUGGAUCCAAACACUGCCGACCCAGAACUCGACGUGUCUGAUGAUCUGACCAGUGUGAGAUCUGGAGAGCGACAACAGCUUCCAAAAAACCCAGAGAGGAUCAAAUUUUCCUGCUCCGUCCUGGGCUCUGAAGGCUUUGACUCAGGGACUCACAGCUGGGACGUUGAGGUUGGAGACAACAAGGACUGGGAAGUGGGCAUGUUAGCAGACUGCAUCCAGAUGAACGGACGUCUACAGUCUGGAUUGUGGAGAAUUAUGUUCUCCAACGGUAAAUUCACAGCGUUCUCCACAUCAGAUCAAGAGAAACAACUGCCAGUGAAGAAGAAGCUCCGGAGGAUCAGAGUUCAUCUGGACUUUGACAAAGGACAGCUCUCAUUCUCUAAUCUUGAUACUAACACACACAUACACACCUUCACACACACCUUCACUGACACCGUGUUUCCGUACAUUUACACUGAGAAUCAGCUCCCACUGAAGAUUUUACCAGUGAAGGUCUCUGUGACGGUGGAAAAGCACAGUUAGAGAUUAUUAUGAUAGGGUUGGGCAAUGUGACGAUGCCUUAAACAGUUGUUGUUGUUUUUUCAGAAAUUCAAAAGUUUUAUCUUUAGUUUCUCACGUGUCAGAUAUAAUCACUAUACACUCAGUGGCCACUUUAUUUAGUAGUCCUGUAUAAUCUAAUGCAAUCCAGUACAACUGUUCUGCCAUAAAGUCUACUUUUAUGAUAUAUGCUUAAUACGUUUAGCAAUGAGGUCCCAGUUAAAAGUGGUGUUGUACUGGACUAAAUUAUAUUGAGAGGUGAUUCUAAUUGUUUUAUCCUUCCUACAUGAGGGGGACAGGCUAAUAGAAACACCUCUCAAUACAAUGCAAUUAACUAUGACCUCAAUAAUAAACACCAGCCCGGUCUCAUUCCCAGGUCAUCAAAUACCAAGGCUUUGUCACAGCCCUCAGCGUCUGAUACCAACGCACAAGGCACCCUUUAGUGUCUGUAUGAGACGCACCAGGCUUUAAAGUAACUCCAAUGAAACUCAUGUAAACAAUAUUAGACGCUCAGAGCAACUGCUCUGGAAGUCAGGUGACGCAGUAUACAGAGAAACAAAGUCAGCGUAGGGAGUAGCGCGGGCUGAAUGGAUGGGUCAAAUACCUGACUUCCACCCAGGAGACCGCUGUUCGUGUCUUGUGUGAAAGAAAACUGAACCUUGACUUAUUUAUGUUGACUACUUAAGGCUGCGUAACUUAACUGAUGUAA